AUGUCCACCAGCACAAGUGAAGCAUUAAAGAACAUCAAGAACAAGCAGAGAAGACAAAAAGUCUUUGGUGAAAUAAAACAUGAAAAGAACAAAGCUCGUCAUAAAUUACGUGCUGAACGUGCCAAAGAAGAACGAGCCAAUCCUGCAUUAAGAGAAGAAAGAAUUGCCCAAAAUAUCCCAGAUACUUUAGAUAACAAGAGAGUAUUCGAUGAAACUAUUGGUGUUGAAGUAGAAGGUGAGGACCAAGAUGAAUUCCAACAAUAUUUUACUAAUUUAGGCCUGGAACCUAAAAUCUUGUUGACUACCAGUGAAAAUGCAAAGAAACCAGCAUAUGAAUUUGCUGAUAUGUUGAUGGAUUUUUUGCCCAAUACCACGUUUAUCAAAAGGAAAAAGGAAUAUAGCAUGAAAGAAAUUGCUAAAUUUGCCAGUAACAGAGAAUACACCGAUUUGCUAGUUAUUAACGAAGAUAAAAAGAAAGUCACUGGUAUAACAUUUAUCCACUUACCUGAAGGCCCAACAUUUUAUUUUUCAAUCACUUCCAUCGUUGAUGGAAAAAGAAUUAAAGGACACGGUAGAGCCACUGAUCAUAUUCCUGAAUUAGUAUUGAACAAUUUCAAUUCCAGAUUAGGUAAGACUGUGGGUAGAUUAUUCCAAUCCAUUUUCCCCCAUCAACCAGAAAUUCAAGGUAGACAAGUAAUAACAUUGCACAACCAACGUGAUUAUAUUUUUGUCAGAAGACAUCGAUAUAUUUUUAGAAACGAAGAAAAAGUUGGAUUACAAGAAUUAGGACCACAAUUCACUUUGAAAUUAAGAAGAUUGCAAAAGGGUGUUAGAGGUGAUGUUAUUUGGGAACAUAGACCUGAUAUGGAAAGAGAUAAAAAGAAGUUCUAUUUAUAG